CCUAUAAAGCAGCCAGCACUGGGCCGGGGCCGCCAGUGUGUGUGUGUGUGUGUGUGUGUGUGGUGGUUGCUACGCCACUCACUAUUUGUUUGCGCCGAGCGACCACUUUUACACGGGUCGCCUUAUACAUUUGAUCGAACAGCCGUGGCUUAGCGUUGUUGUGUAUUGAUUAGGGUAUCACGUGUGGUUGGAUUCAUCUGCUUUUAUUUAGACGAUUACCCUUUGAAAACACAAGAUCAGCAACAUGUCCCACCCAGUCACUGACCAACCCGGCGUCAACCUGCAACCCAUGAAACCUGGCUACGCCCCUCCCCCAGGCCAACCACCAUACGGACAACCUGGAUAUUAUCCACCCCCAGGGCAGCCCGGGUAUCCACCCCCAGGCCAACCCGGAUAUCCACCCCCAGGGCAGCCUGGGUUCGCCCCUGGUCAGUAUCCACCUGGAUAUGGACAACAGCCAGUGGUUUGGAUGCCCCCUGUUGAACCUGUUCCUAACUGUCCAAAAGGUCUGGAAUAUUUGACCCAACUUGACCAGGUGCUCAUCAAACAGGAAGUCCAUUUGAUGGAAGUGGUCACCAACUGGGAAUGCAGCAACAAAUACAAAAUCUUCAACAACCAGGGCCAACAGUGUUACUAUGCUUUUGAAAAAUCCAAUGCUUGUGCUCGCCAGUGCUGUGGGCCCAAUCGAGGAUUUAAAAUUCAUGUGGAAAACAACUUAAAAGAAAAAAUCUUCUCAUUGAAAAGACCAUUUAAGUGUUGUGGUGGGUGCAACUGGUGUGCUGCCUUCAGGUGUUUUCAAGAUGAAGUCAGUGUUUAUGCCAAGGAUGGCACUCAACUAGGCUACGUCAGACAAGCCUGUUCAUUUUGGAAGCCCCACUACACCAUUCUGGACCAAGAUAAAGAUCCGAAGUUUGAAAUUUGGGGACCUUGUUGUCCAUGUACUGCAUGCAACACUGAUGUAGAAUUUCCAGUACGCCCAAUGGGAAGUGAAACUGUUGUAGCUAACAUCACUAAACAAUGGUCAGGUUUUUUGCAAGAGUAUUUUACUGAUGCUGAUAACUUUGGGGUGUCAUUCCCUAAGGAUCUGGAUGUAAAACUGAAAGCUACCUUAAUGGCAUGCGUUUUUCUCAUUGAUUUCAUGUACUUUGAAACAGCACCAAAUAACCAAAAUCACCACCACCAUUACUAGAGAAAUGAAGAGUCACAUUGCAACUGGUAGCAAACUAGCUGUACAUGCAGAACCAUCACCUGCAUUCUGUAAAUUAUUUCAGCCAAUUUGUACAUUUUGUGUAUUAAAUUUUUUAUGAAAUUUUUAAUAUCUACAUUUAUGUUCAAGUGAUUUUUACAAUAAACACACAUUUAUCUUGUUGCUUUGAGAUAAGUAAGCAAAAUCA